AUGGCUAAGUCCAAGGUAGCUCCAUUGGAAGACUUGAGCAAAAAGAAGAAAAGGCAGUCGAUACCCCGAUUGGAGUUGUCUUCAGCCCUGCUAUUGGCGCACUUGUACGAGACAGUAGCAGAAAGUAUUCAGAUCCCAGCGAAGACGUUCUUCUGGACCGACUCGACUAUCGUGAAGUGUUGGCUUUGUUCCCAUCCGUCCAGAUGGCAAGCGUUCGUCUCCAACAGAGUGUCAGAGAUUCAGCAUAUCACUCGAGAAGGCGUUUGGAACCACGUGCCUGGCGUCGAGAACCCGGCAGAUGUAAUAUCUCGAGGUGUAACACCGCUGCAGCUUGCCGAAUGUUCAAUCUGGUGGAAUGGACCGACCUGGCUCCAAGAAGACCCGAGUGCUUGGCCGAAGAUGAGUAGCAGUUCAGAACAACAGUAUGAUUCAGUAACGUUGGAGGAAAAACCGCUAGUGACAGCAGCGCUGCAGAUGCUACCGCCCAGUGAGAUCUUCACCCGCUAUUCGUCUUUGAUGAAGCUAGUUCGAUCAACUGCCUGGACACUUCGUUUUGCCAACAACUGCAGAACUGGAAAUCGAGCCUGCAGACGAAGUGGAGUCCUGAACGCGAAAGAACACGAAGAAGCUCUGAUCGCAUUAGUGAAGCUGGCGCAGUCGGAGUGUUUCCCAGUGGAAUUGGCAGAUCUAGCAGCGAAGGGGCAAGUGAAACCCAGUUCGAGAUUGCAUACGAAGGAUCCGUGUCUGCGAGAUGGAUUAAUACGUGUUGGCGGAAGACUUCGCCAUGCUCCAGUGUCGUUCAGCAGAAAGCAUCCGAUUAUGCUGGAGAGUAAUCAUCCACUGACAAAGCUGAUAAUGGUUGACUACCAUCACAGACUGCUCCACGGAGGAGCGCAGCUGAUGCUAUCCUGUAUGAAGGAGAAAUUCUGGCCGCUAUCAGGAAGGAACCUAGCACGGAAGGUAAUGCACGAAUGCGUAACCUGCUUCAGAGCUCGUCCACGAGCCCACGAACAGUUGAUGGGAGACCUGCCCAUGGAACGAGUGACUCCUGCUCCAGUUUUCCUUCGCGUCGAAGUCGACUACUGUGGUCCAUUCAAUGUUCGUCAAGCGUCUCGUAAGGCAGCAAAAAUCAAAUGCUACCUGUGCGUGUUCGUCUGCCUGGUAGUGAAGGCGGUUCACAUAGAGAUGGUAGCAGAUCUCACUACGGAGGCGUUCAUGGCGGCACUGAGACGAUUCGUGUCGCGGCGUGGGAAGCCAGAAGUGAUCUUCUGUGAUAAUGCUACGAACUUCGUAGGAGCGCGUCGAGAAAUCAGCGAAUUGCAAAGGUUAUUCCGAGCAGAACAGUUCCAAAACGCAGUUGUGACGGAAGCAGCCAGCAACUCGAUUGAGUUCAAGUUCAUUCCCGCCAAAUCGCCGAACUUCUGCGGAUUAUGGGAAGCGGCCGUGAAGUCCCUGAAAGGCCACAUGCGCAGAGUGAUAGGGAACACCGUACUCCGUCCGGAUGAAAUGUUAACUGUUGUGACGCAGAUCGAAGCCUGUCUGAAUUCGAGACCGAUCACUCCAAUUAGCAACGACCAUCGAGACCUGGAAGCAUUGACCCCCGGACACUUUUUGGUGCAGCGUCCGCUAACAGCGAUUCCGGAACCGAGUCUGGAGGACAUCCCGGAGAAUCGACUGAGCAGAUGGCGCUUGGUUCAGCGUUACAGUCAGAUGCUUUGGAAGCGAUGGUCUACGGACUAUUUGUCAGAUCUCCACAACCGUAACAAGUGGACGCGAAGAAGGGAUAAUCUGCAUAUCGGAACAAUGGUGUUACUGAAGGAAGAUAAGCUACCGCCGCUGCAGUGGCAGCUUGGACGCGUGAUAGAGAUUCACCCAGGAGCAGAUGGUAUCAUCAGGGUGGUUACCGUUCGCACGCAGCAAGGAUCAUUCCGUCGAGGAAUCCAGAAGAUAUGUAUUCUUCCGAUUCAGCACAACCAACCGCAGGUCGAGGAAGCACAUUAG